AUGUUGUUUAAUGUUUUACAAUCACUUGGAAAUACAAUCAAUCCAUCACAUAUGAAUUCAUCAUAUCAAUUUACAUCAAUAUCUACGACUUCCAGCCAAGGAAUAUCAUAUACAGCAGAUAAUGAUGCUUGGAGAAGAAGGGGUGGAGGUCAAGGUGGUGGACCAAGACGUGAUGAUAAUAUGGGUGGAUACAGUUUAAAAAAAGACUAG